AUGGCCUACCUUGCUCUGAAUGCCGGCGAUCAAACACCCGAGAUUGUAGACUGGUUCAGUCAAAGCGCACGAGAUGGCGAUGGAUUGAGGUCUAAGCCCGAAAACGCUCCAGAGCCCACGAAAAGCGCCCAAGAGGCCGAUGUUCCAAUUGAUCUUGCGAAAUUGGUAGGAGCCGACCAAGAUCAAGACAGCAUCUCGGGAGAAGAAUCGGUAGGCAAGACAGCAAAUAGCCAUGACAACUCCGACGACACUGCUGUCAGGCCACGCAGCGAAUCAAAGGCCAAUUUCGUCGGUGAAAGCUGGUAUGCAUCAUAUGUGCUGAGUGCUUCUGGCACUGGCCACGCAGAGCUCCAUCGCCCGAUAGAAAGGCGCCAAAAAACUCUCUCCGAUACUUCUCUUGGACAUGUUCAGGUUGACGGUAAGCUGCCAAAGCCUACAAGUGCGUCUCCCGCGGACUUGCCACCACAACACCUAAUGGAGCGCUUGCUCGAAGCAUAUUUUAAGCGAUUUCAUUGCUUGGUUCCCAUCCUCGAAAGGGCCGAGUUUUUGACGUCGGUUCGCGAUGGAACUGUUUCAAUCACUUUGUUGCGCAGCGUCCUCUUCGUCGCGUCAAUACACUGCGACCCAGAGGUCUACCACCUGAUGGGAUAUAGCACCCGCGUGGAUGCAGGUGACGAUCUCUGGGCCAAAGCAUGUGCAUCCUUUGACGCGGACCGAGACUCUGACCGAACAACACUAAUAUUGGCGUCUUUCUUGAAUCACUAUUUCUUCGGGCGACCAUCGGAGUAUCGGGACUCUUUAUGGUGGCUAGGCAAUGCGAUUCGCAGUGCACAAUGUAUGGGAUACCACCGAAGCACCAAACACAGUAAGAUGCUGCCACGACAUAAAGCACAGUGGAAACGAGUUUGGUGGUGUCUCUAUAUGCGAGAUCGACAAGUCUGUGUCGCAACAGGCUCACCGAUGGUCAUAAAUGACCUCGAUUUCGACGUCGAAGAACCAACAUUAGAGGACUUUCCCGAAGAAACGAAAGAAAUCGCAACUUACAUUAUAGCACAAUCUCAAUUAAAUCAGAUAUGUAAUCUCACUAUCCAGCCCUAUGCCGCCGUUUCUCACUGA